AUGUUGCCUGUUGGUGAACUAAUGCCUCGUGUAAGAUCAUAUUCAUUGCCUGUAUAUAAAGUAUAUCGACGUCGAUUUUAUGUAUUAUUUGUAUUUUCUUUUCUUGCAUUUAAUCAAUGUUUAUUUAUGUUAACAUUUUCUCCGAUAUACAAAAGUGCAGAGAAACAUUAUAAUAUAGGUGAAAAUACAGUUGAUCUUCUAUUGGCUUGGGGACCGAUAUUUUUUAUUCCCUGUUUACCAUUAUCAUAUUUAUUAUUAAAUAAACGUAAUGGACUUCGAUAUUGUAUAAUAUUACUAUCAAUAAUAGAAUUAAUAUCAACAAUAAUUCGUAUAAUUCCUUCAAUAGCAAUAUCGUCAUCAAAUGUUAAAUAUUAUUCAAUAUCUUUACCAUUUUUACAUGUUGGUCAAAUUCUAAAUGCAGUAUGUGGUCCACUAGUAAUGGCUCCAGUAUCUCAAUUAUCUUGUUUAUGGUUUGAUACAAAUGAACGAACACGUGCAACAACAGUAGCUAUAAUGGCUUAUAAUGCUGGUUCAACAACUGGUUUUCUUCUAGGUCCAUCAAUAGUCAAUUCUCCUGAAAAAGUUCCAAAUCUUCUAUAUGUUCAUGUAGGAUUUGCGUUAUGUGCAUGUAUUCUAUCACUUAUUUAUUUUCCUGGUCAACCCCCAACUCCUCCAUCACCAGCUGCUGAGUUACUGAUUCGUAAUUCAACAAGUGAAAUAAAAGGAAAUUCAUGGCGAUCUUAUAUAGAAAGUCUUCGUCGAUGUUUCACAACACGUUCAUUUGUUCUUCUGGUAAUAGCAGGAGGAUUAAUUGGUGGAACAUACGCUACUUGGAUUAGUUUAUUUGAUGUUAUUCUUACUGAUGAUAAUUAUUAUACAGAAAAACAAUCAGGUUGGUUUGGUUUUACAACAUCAUUAGCUGAAAUAAUUGGUGGUCUAAUUUUGGCAACAAUAGCUGAUAUGCCUCGUUUUCAUCGUUCAUUUAAAGUAUUUAUAAUAAUAUCGUUUAUUUGUUAUAUUAUAUUUGUUGGUUGGUUUAAUUUAUCAAUUAAAACACUUUUCUACGAUAAACCAGUUCUUCCAUCAAGUGUCGUUACAAUUGCUUUUUCAGUUGGAUUAGCUGGUUUUUUUCAAGGUGCAGCAUCGCCAUUAACUUAUGAGAUGCUUGCUGAGAUAAUGUAUCCAUUGCCAGAAUCAUUAUCAGCAUCUAUUCUUGUUGAAUUUAUAAAUAUAACAUCAUUAGUUCUUCUUUUUAUUGCACCAAAUCGAUAUCAAGUGGUUAAUUUUCUCAUAUUAAUUAUAAUUGGUGUCUGUAUUAUUCUUGUUUCGUUAACUCGAUUUACUUAUAACAGACGAGAUGCUGAUAUAAGAAAACGAUCAAUAUUAGUUCCGUCGGAUGUUGGAUCAAUACAUGAGACUCAGAUGAAUUCUAUUCGAACAUUGUCACAAAUUGAUCCAAAUAUUGAUACAGUUCAGACGAAUACGAUAUCUCCUUCAUCAUUCGUAAAUCCCAUUAUCGAUUUAUCUGAUACUUAA